AUUUUUUGAAGGGCAAAUAAAUUAUUGAUUUUCCCUGGCAGGCUAAGAUUCAUCCUCUCUUUUCGAAUUUUUGACAUUCCACAAUGAAGCAUCUCGCAGCCUACCUUCUCCUCGUUGCUGGUGGUAACACCACUCCCUCUUCCGACGAUAUCAAGAAAGUCUUGAGCUCCGUUGGUGUUGAAGUUGAUGAAUCUCGUGUCUCUUCUUUGAUCAAGGCUAUGGAAGGCAAGAACGUCGCUGAAGUUAUUGCUGAAGGUUCCUCCAAGCUCGCCACUGUCCCUGCUGGUGGUGCUGCCGUUGCUGGUGGCGUUGCUGCCGGUGGCGCUGCUGCCGGUGGUGAUGCUCCCGCUGAAGAAGAAAAGGCUGAAGAAAAGGAAGAAUCCGAUGAUGACAUGGGUUUCGGUCUUUUCGAUUAA